AUGGGAGGUCUCGUGGAUGUCCUUACCAGAUAUGCUGAGUUAGAUACUACGAAGGAUCCCAUGUCAGAUGACGAAAAGGCUGGCAAAGGUAAAAAUAAUGAUGGCAGCAAGGGGCAGCAACAAAACAACUCAGGGUACACCAGCAACCAUGGUAAUUGGGGCAAUGGUGGUAAGCGCAAGCACCUGGAGGGCGGCUCAGAUUUUGUUGCCAAUACCAACACCAGUUUUAAGAGACAAAGAUGGAAUAGUUCUGGGAGGCCAUUCAAUGCAAAUGAAGCUCAAAAUUUUGAGGAAGCCCUCAAAGCAGUUUCGCAAAGCAAGCUUACCAGAGUCACCAUGGUGGCGGCGGUGGAAACCCAGGGCAACCUGGGGCUGGCGGCUCAAGAUCUGGUUUUACCGGAGCCAGCUUGUCCGGUGGUUUUCAUGGUCUUGGCAGCUCUGGAUCUAGGUAUCAGGGAUCUAGCAAUCACGGAGGUGGCAAUCAGCACUUUGGCCAAGCCAAUUACUUUCGACCACCUGGAUUAUUCCAGAAGUAUUCGAAACGCAGGAUGGACUGCUCUGAUAUUGGAUCCUAUAAUCGACGGACUACAAUUUACACAAGUCCUAAUGGAUGGCGGCAGCGAUUUAAACCUGCUAUAUCCGGACACAAUCCGCAAGUUGGGGAUAGACCCUAUUAAAAUUCGCCAUAGCCGCACUUCCUUCAAAGGAGUGACGCCAGGCCCUUACGCCAAGUGCACGGGCUCCUUACUACUAGAAGUUGUGUUCGGAUCACCCGACAACUUCCGUCGUGAAAAGCUAAUCUUCCAUGUCGCCCCAUUCAAAAGUAGCCAUCAAGCACUAUUGGGACGCGAAGCUUUUGCCCGCUUUAACGCAAUACCGCACUACGCGUCUCUUACACUUAAAAUGCCCGAUCCACGCGGCAUCAUCUCAUUAAAAGGUUGUUCAAGACCCCGGACAAGACUAGGCGAGUUCGGCAUACAUAAAAUAGGGGCUCCCUAG